AUGAGGUCUACAAAGGGAAAGCAAAAGAUCGAGAUGAAGAAGGUUGGAGCCUAUGCAGCCCGAAAGAUUACGUUCUCGAAACGUAAAUCUGGACUCUUCAAGAAGAUGAACGAGAUCGUUUCACUAUGCAAUGUGGAGACAAGUUUUUUGGUCUUUUCUGAUUCCGGAAAGCCUUACACAUUCGCAUAUCCGUCUCUGGAGGAAGCGGUUGGCCAGUUUAAAAACCCUUUAAGACAUGAACCAUCCGCAACAAUCAAUACCAGACCGCUGGUGGAAGCUUAUAAGAGACAGAAGAACCAGGACCUCAUGGAAAGGUACAUGGAUCUCGUUGAGGAGCUUGAAAUAAAUAAUGAGAAGGAAAAGAUUUUGAAGAAAAUUAUAAAGGAAAAUAAGGAGAAAAUAUUGUGGAAUAUUCCUCCGGCCGAAUGUUUGAGCGUGGAAGAGAAGAAGUGGAUGCGCCAAACGUUUGUAGGUUUACAUGUUUUCUUGAGCGAUAUGGCCUUGAAAUGUUUUGGAAAUGACGGUGACGGUUCAUCUUCUAGUCAAGAGAGUCGUGGUCGUGAUGGCGAAACCUAUGCAUGA